CAGAUAACUGGUGUAAAUAUGGCGUCGAAGGAGGAUGAUAACAAACUUGAGUGUAAUUCAAAUGUAAACAAAGAGCAAGAAAGAAACCUCGUAAAUGUUUAUAAGAAGUAUGACGUAAUUUUAAAUAAUAAAACCGAGUCUUUCGAAAAGAAAAUACAGUCUAUCAUUGAUGUGUGGCAAAGUAUAGCAGCUAAAAAUCUCUCAGAAUCAGACAUUCGAUAUGUCACUCAAAUUAUGGACUGGGCCAAACUACAUGCGCUUAAUAUUGUACUUACUGCUGAGUGGAAAGAUUACAAAGCCAAGUAUGAGGAGAGCCUACUGAAAGAAAUUGAGAAGGUUCAAGUUGAAUUGCUGAAAAUUAGCACUGCCUUUUCAAGUCGAUUUCAAAAAUUAGCUGAUGUAGUUAGAAACCCAUGGGAAGGCCCAAUAUUAGUCAAAUUACUAUCACAAAAAGAUGCCGAAAUUGGACCUGAUGAAAUUGAAUUUUUCUGUGUAGAAACAGCUUAUUUAGUGUCAUACAGGUUGAAAAAGUUGUGUGAAUCUCAGUGUGAAGACUUGGCGUUGAAUUUAGUGACUGCCUUUAUGAAAUGCAGGGAACUAUCGAAAACGCAAAAUUUUAACCUGAAUGCAAAUGAAACACAAAUUUGGUUUAUAUUUGACAUCUACGUGGCAUUACUGUAUAAAUUCCAACAAAAUUCCAAAAUUGUCAGUCUGUUGAAAGAGUUGACCCUUGAAGAAGGUUUGCAGUUAAUAAAGAGAUUUGCGAAGAAACAGGUUAAGAUAUCGAAGAUUUGGAAGCACUGCCAGAAAAUCGCCGUUCUGGCGUGUCAAGUUUUUGUGUCCACAGCGGCCGUGAAAUUUAGUGAAGAGCAUCGCAGUAUACUGGAAAAUUUAGUCGAAUGUUUUAUAAGUAUUUGCAACACUGAGGCCCUAUUACAAAAUUUAACAACCUCUUUAAAACGUAUUAGUCAACUGGCCGAUGCUGCAGGACUGUACGUUUUCUGCGAUGUUGUACAUAGAAAGGCUGGCAUCAAGUUAAAACCCUUCACAAUUGAGAUGUACAUAAGGGCUCUGACUGCGGAUAUGAACAAUUUGGAGCGUCAGAAGAAUGAUAAUGAAAGCGAAAAAGUCGCCGGAACUACGAAACGUCUGGCAAGCGCGUUCUGCAAAUUGGCGGAUUUGUUAAAUGAUCACGUUAAAGUGACGCGCGAAUGCGUUUUGACCGCCUUCAGUUUGGAACCUACCGAGGAGCGCUUGAAAAAAAUCAUCGAGUUGGCAAAACGAAGCGGUUUUCAAGUGCUGGAUACUGGGCAAGAGUGGAAGUGCAAGCUUCACCCGCCAAUUGUGAAUAAGGACGAGGUGGCGUGGAUUUGCACGUCCUGCGGCGACUGGACGUGCAAGCCUCAGCUAAAUAUUCCCUUGAACACGAAUAUAGCGUUAAACGAAGCGCUGCAAGCCGAUGAUUUGGGUAUAUCUGCGCAGCUUCGCGACGAUCUAGCCGUAUGUCUUUCAAAUCCCCGAUAUCAGGUGCUGAGCUGGCUUUUGCCUUGGGAAGAUUUACACAGAAUCUGCGUUAUGUACACACAUGAUCCCGAACGAACGAAAAAUGUCGUAACCGAGCUUAAAUUCGUUGAUAUAGAUUAUUCGUUAUUCAAGCAUAUAAAGAGGGAACCUCUCGAUGAACUGGCGGGCAUAGAAAGGGGUUAUGAGCAGUACUUGGACCACGAUUUUAAUUCCGACGACCAAAUGAGUACCAUCAGUGAGGAUUCAGCUUCGCAAGACUCCAGGCCGUACAGUUUGGGCAGUGACGGUGCGGGGGAUACCCCGUAUUUACAGCAAACCAAAUCCGACCCGAACACUCUGAAAAGUCUUAGAAUGUUUCGGCCGAAUUUGAAACGUUCCCGCCCAAGCGAACCUGGACAAAGCGUGCCGGAGAAACUCUAUAAAAUGGGAGUGACUGAUGUGCCCCCUACACCAAGCACUUCAAAAGCUAAUGUUAGUUACGCCAACGGUAUACCGAAUAACAUACAGUACCACGCGCCUCAACCAUCACACACAAACGUAACACCUCCAAAAAACGGCUUGGUUGCCACGUUGCCCCCACAUGGUGGGCAAGUGGCAACAAAUCAAAUCAACCAAGCUACCCUGUACAUCCCCCUGGCUCUACCAACAACAACAACAACUUCCCCCUGCAACCUCCAAGCGCCGCCCCCAAUCAGCCCGCUAACAAAGGAACUUAUAAAAAUACAAUUACAAAGGAACUUCUCAUGCAGUGGUAUGCCAGCAAGCAGCAGCAACAACAACAACGGCAGCUGCUACAACAACGGCAGCAGCAACAACAGCAAAAGCCCAACAACAGUCAGCCAUCCACCAGUUUCGUUGCCAAUGGUCAACAGCAGCAGCAAUUGCAGCCAGUCUAUAAUAACAACCAAACCCAUCAGCAGCAGCAGCAGCAACAACAGAGGCAGCAGCAGCAGCAGCAGUACUAUAACAGUACCCAACCCGCAACCAACCAGUACUAUCAGCAGCAGCAGCAGUACUACAACCACUACAACGGUCAAGCCCCUAACGGUUCCUCAUCCUCCAGCCCAAACAACAACCCUUGACUUGAACAAAUUCUCAUAUACACAGUGCAAUAACAAUGGGAUCAGCGUGCAAAGUGCAAGUCAAGAUGCUGUUAAAAAAUGCCCCCCUGGAGUACCUGAUGUGCCAGCUUCCAAAAAAUCGAGAAAAUGUAAAUUUGCCAAAUCGACAAGGAAGCAGUUUCCGGAGAUCAUUGUUAACAAAAAUUUGACUGAAAAUAUUAGGACAUAUGGUAAAGAGAUAAGUGGAGAAAAGAAAGACUGUGUUAAAACGCCAAAGGACGGCGUGUGUAAAAAUGUAAAUAAUGUCGUCGACAAACAUCCCUCUGUUGUACAAAGUCGCCCGUUUGAGUUGAAACAACUCAAAGUGGUCCUCCAAAGAUUACCGGAGGAGGGAACCAGCGCCAAGCCAAUUUGUAUAGUGAAGAACAACAACAGGUCAAAAAACGGCCGGCGACGGAAAAGCAACGAUAAAUCCGAAAACAAAGUUUGCGAAAAAGCACCGAAACGAGUACAAAUUUACAAGCUUUCGCCGCUGCAGGACAUAAACCCGCGCGUGCCCAGCGUGGAGUGCCUCAAAGGUGACGACUUCGAUCCGAAAAAUCCGCGAGUGAUGCUCGAAAGGCUUCCAGACUCCGACCUCAAGGGAUUCAAGAACUACGGCAAAAAAUCCUCCUCGUUGUUGAACAGCGUCCCAGGUAUGGACAACUACGAGCACAUCCGGCCCGCGAACGUCAACCACAUAGUCAACGUAGUGCAGAUAUCCGGCGGCAGGCCGGCAUCGAACGUAAGUGCGCAGAACACGCAGACCAGCACGCAGGUGACGCCGCACAUCCAGAGAAUCGGGCAACCGCGCACCGAAAAGCCGGAGCAGACCGACUCGGAAACCCCCGAAAUACCGACCUCGACCCACGCUUCAGCAACGGUCACGUCGGGAAAACCCACCACCUCCCAACCGUCAACGCUCAUCAACAUUUUAUCCCAGCAAAUUAUUAGACCUGGGCAAAGCAAUUGCGUCAGGACCCGACCCUCGCCGCUAAUCAACAUUUUAUCGCAGCAAAUUAUCCGGCCCAACCCCCCAGUCGUUCAAAAAGUCGUCGUAUCUAACGCCAACGUUUCACCAGACUCUCAGAUAAACAAUGUGGCCAAAGUGACAACAACCACGGCAGAAACAGUUACUGUGAAUACAGUUAAAAAUGUGGCCACAGUGAAAAAUGUGGUUACAACUCAAGCUAGCGGUACGGGCGGCACUAUUCUACAGUUUAUCUGCAAAUCCUCGACGCUGCCGAAGUUCCAACAAGCAUUCGGCAAAUCUGUGUACACAAAUGCCACUGAAACGUCGGAGGCUGCAGCAGCCACUGUGGCGGAAUCGACCAGCGUGGAUGCGAAUAAGAAGCCCACAGUUGCAAAAAAUAUACCCGUAAAUGUGCAGCCUAUACAGGGUAGCGUUAUUUACACUAGACAAAUGCCGGUGGGGCAGACUAUCAAUUUGAUACCGCCCGGAAGGGGGCAGGUUUUUCGCAUUGCCACUUCGAACUCCGACCAAAUUUCCCUGGUCAAAGAUACGGUUAUUCACAGUAAAAUGAGCGCCUUACUGGCGGCAGCGUUGCAGGGCAAAAAGUCCACUGAUAACCAAGCCGACGGCGAGGUGGCGUUAGACGAUGGGAGCAGAGUGACCGUAGCACGGCCAACUUUAGUACAAAACGCUAGAAUCGUGAAGCCAGUACUGCAGAUACCUUCGAACGUAAUACGCACAAGUCCGCAGUCACAAUCCUCCAGCCUCAGCUCUACGACUCUCGAACAGUUGCGGGAGUUCGACAUGGUCUACAAGCAAAUCAAAGAGCGGAGCAGUACCGGAAGUACGCCGGCGGAAGUUAAUGCCACAACGGUCGAGAGCAACGACGCCACGCCGCAGAGAAUAAGCGUCACGUACGUGAAUCAAGGGCAGAAGUAUACGCAGUUAUCGCCUGUUGUUGUUGUGAGCAGCGCCUACUGCAACUUGCAGCCUGCCGCUUCCCCAGCAUUGAGCGUUACAUCGCAGGGAAGUUCGAGCCCUUGCGUGACACCCGCUCCUACGCCCACUUUACCGAAAGUAGCCUCGAAGAGCUCGAAAGGUAAAACGUUGAAGAACAGUACGACGACGCACGCGUCGAAGUCGUCCCCCAUACCGAAACCGCCGCAAAAACCGCAGGAAGACGAGCACACCACCCAAAGAAUAUUCGAUAUUUUGGCGGAGUAUGCCGAGCAAUUACGCAAUUCCCCCGAUUUGAACAACAAGCCGGCCCCUAGGCGGCGCUCGAACCCGCCGACGAACCCAAGUCAGAACUCGAAGCGAAAGAAAAGUUCUGGCUCGAAGUCGAAGUCCGGCCAAAGCAGCACAAUAGUGUCCGAGGCCGAUACGGACGAUCAAAGGACGAUGGAGAGCGAGGACUCUUCGUGCGGCGUCUUGCAACUGUCGGUUUCCGAAGAGGAACCGCAAGUGCAAGCGGUCACCACCAGCGAACCCAAUGAGAACCCGGCCACCAACUCCAGGCAGUUAAUACUUACGUCGCAGGAUUCCGCCGGCAAUACCCAAACGAGAAACCUAAUUAUAGCCGAUUCUAGCGUCGGCGAAGCUUUGAAAAUGCCAAACACAGCGGUAUUGGUCCCAGGCAAUUACAUAAUGCCGGUCUCGAUGGUGAAAGGCGGGCAGCAAAUAGCUGUGAUGUCGGGCGGCAGCAAAAUUCUGGCCACCGUACCGGCACGAUCCGGCCCCGCUAACAUGCUUUUGUUCCAGAGUUUUUUGAACCAGAAUCGUAAGGGCGGGGUGUCCACAGUUAAAUACUCCACUAUCCAGCCGCUGACGGGCAUAUCGUCGCAGAGUUUGGCCGGGGUAAGCGCACAACCUCCAGUUAUUCUGCCUCCGAACUCUCACGCCGUCGCUCUUGGGCAGCCCUUGACACUCAAGAAAGUCGACGAUCCCGAUAGGCCUGGCACGGAGCUGCUGCUAACCAUAUCGCAGCACAGGGAUAGCGUUAAAGCGGAAGUUCCGCAGCCAGAUAGCAGCACCAACGUGUUGACCGACGAAAUUAAAGAGGAGGACAGCGUUGAAGAGAAAGUCUACACUUUUCAGAAGUCGAUUAUCACAACGCCAAUAGCAACGCCGGUCAUAGCUCAAGCAAUCAAAGAAGAGGUCGUCGAUGAGUGCCAGCAGAACAUGAUCAGUCUGGAUAUUCAUCCCAAUGAUGUUAAAGAUGAAAUAAAAGUUGAGAGAGUGCAAUCAGUAUUAGUGACAGCGUGUACUUCGAACGGGCCCAUGCUUUCACACACACCGCCUAGAUACAGAAAACCAUCCGAAACGAUAACUAGUACCAAUGAAGUUUCCAAUAAACAAUACUUGAACAAUGGCGAUAAACAAAACAGCAAUGCAGACCAGAAGCACUUUGCCACGACCACGGUGUAUUACCAGAACAAAAACAAGAAGAGCAAUCCGCAGCGGUUGGACAGGGAGUUGUCCAUCCAACGCAAACAAGCCGCAUUGGAGCGAGAAUUGCGCUUGCAGAAGUCCCUGUCGGAGGAAUGCGAAGACUUGGGCGUGGACGAGCCGAGCACGAGCGAUUUAUUUCCCGAAGCCGAGCUGUUGUUCGACUCGAACCACUCGCCGUCGUUCGAUCAGGAUCUAAUGAAACGGCCGCACCUGAUCGAGGUGAAAGAAGAAGGCAAGUCGGCCAUAACGUUGUUCAGCGACGACGACAACUCAUCGUCGAUGCGGACGAAUUUGUUCGAGUACGUCGACGAGUAUCCCACUGCUGAUAACGAGCUGGUCUUCGACUCGAACCGGCAGCUGACCAACGGCCAGAGCAGCACCAGCAACGAGUCGGCGUCCUCGUGCUGCGAGGACAGCACGCUGCUGCAAAACUGCGCCAGCAUGUCCGACGUGACGCUCAACUCGCCCCUAUCGCCGCCGGAUUUGUAUGCGGACGCGAAUCCUCCCUCGAAUAAGUACAAGUUCAAGUACAGCAAUCGAAAGAAGGGCGGGCGGAGUAAGCCGUGCUCUGAGAGCUGGAGCUCGGAGGACACCGAGGACGCCGAGCCGACGUGCAACAAGCACGCGUGCGACGAGGAGUUCAAAAUGGUGCGCGUGAAGGCGGACUUCUUGCGCGACGACGAGAGCUGCGAGGAGGACUUGGACUCGGCGAGCGGGCGCGGCGCGCGGCGCAGCGUGAAAAAAACUUGUUCGUGUUGCAACGGCUCGCAGGACGGGGUGUCGCGCAAGCGGCCGCACACGCCGCAGAAGAAGCCGCCGUUUCUGAACAAAAAGAGAUAGUGCAGCGAUUGUUGGCUGGUUUAGUCUCAAAUUUGUUAGUUGUUCUGUUGACUAGUCUAUGAGCCAUGGAAAAUGGUUGCGCUCUUUUAGUACAAAUUCAUAUUGUAUUGUCUGGGAGACCGUUUUUUUGGACUUUUGCAAUCUUUUAGUACCUCUUAUUAGCUGCUUUCGCGUUGCUAAUCCCGAACUGGUUUCGACGUCCUGGGCAUGCGCAUUUUACAUUUUUAACGCCAAAUUUUUAAAUGCGCAUUAGAGUAUGUCGAAUAUCCGGGUUUUUUUUCGAAAAUAAUUUAAUAACAGACAAAAUAAUAUUCUUUGAGGUAAGAAAAAAUAUGUGCCCGAAAAAAUGCACUUAAAAUUGAAAGUAAAAAAAUAUUUUUUUGUAAUUUCGCGGAUAAUCGCGAAUUAAUCCCAAAAUCGUAAUUUUUUUGCCAAAAUUUACUUUUACUAUUUUGUCAGUAAAUUUAAUUGUCUACAAAAAAGGUCCCUAAGAAUUAUCGCAUAAAUAAUGUACUUUCAGAGAUAAUUGCGAAGUUAUUAUCAAUGUCAUUUUUUAGCAAAACUUAUUUUAAUUUUUUUUAAUAAUUUCAAUUAUCAUAUGAACAUUUUUGAACCAGAGAUAAUCGCGAAUUUAUCUUGGAAUUUUCAUUUUUAACUAAAAAUUGAAAGUAACAAAAUAUUUCUUGUAAUUUCGCAGAUAAUCGCGAUUUAAUCAUAAAAAGGCAUUUUUUUUUACAAAAUUUACAUAUUUUAAGUAAAAAAAAGUCUUGGUAAAUUUUCUUGGCAAAUUUAAUUGUCUACAAAAAAGGUCCUUAAGAAUUAUCGCAUAAAUAUUGUAGUUUAAGUGAUAAUUGCGAUGUUAUGUCAUUUUUUUAACAAAACCUAUUUUAAAAGUAUUUUUUUUUAAUAAUUUCAAUUAACAUAUGAACAUUUUUGAAGCAGAGAUAAUUAAUCUUGGAAUUGUCGUUUUUAACUAAAAAUUUUAAGUAACAAAACAUUUCUUGUAAUUUCGCAGAUAAUCGCGAUUUUUUCCCAAAAUUGUCAUUUUUGACAAAAUGUACUUAUUUUAAGUGAAAAAAUGUCUUGGUAAAUUUUCUUAACAAAUUUAAUAGUCUACAAAAAAGGUCCUUAAGAAUUAUCACAUAAAUAUUGUAGUUUCAGAGAUAAUUGUGACGUUAUUGUCAUUAUCAUUUUUUAACAAAUCUUAUUUUAAAAGUAUUUUUUUAAUCAUUUUAAUUAUCAUGAAAAUUUUUGAACCAGAGAUAAUCGCAAAUUUAUGUUGGUAUUAUUUUAAACUUAAAUUUGAAAGUAAAAAAAUGGUAAAUUUUCUUAAUAAAUUUAAUAGUGUACAAAAAGGUUCUUUAUUAUUUCUUUAUAUCUCAUAAAUAUUGUGGUUGAGAUAAUAAUGUUAUUGUCAAUAUUUAUACGGUAAUUGAUAAGGACCUAUUUAUAGACAAUAAAAUUAUUUUGUUAAUUUUAGGUGCAUUUGGCGAACCAAUUUUUUUGCACAUAAUUUGUUUUAUCUCAAUGAAUAAUAUUUUUGCUAUUACCAAAUUAAUUUCGAAAAAAAACGGAUAUUCGACCCACUCUAAUGCGCAUGCCUAGGAUGUCGGGAUUGGCUCCGCCAAAACAGCCGUUGUAAAUUUUCCUCGUAUAUGUAAUAUAUUUAAAUUAUAUGUGCAGUUUGUCGUUGUAAAUAAAUACAUUAAAUAGAUUUAUCUAUUACCUAGGUAUAAUGGCGGUGAGCUGGUAAAACAUUAAACUCGCUGUGUAUACAUACAUAACGAGCGUAAAAUAUAAAAUGAUAUUCAAGACGCAUACACCAAUAAAUAAACAAUUAAUUUAUUCGGCGUUGUUACUGCAGACAGUGUUAAAUAAUAUUAUUAUUGCUCUUUAACUAAAUCGCAAUAAGUUACACACACACACACACAGUCGUGUCAUCUACUGCAAUGUCUUUUAGUUUUGUUAUAACUUACCUUUGCAUGCAGUUAUCGUUUUCAUUUAAUUUUCGUACUUUUAAAAAAAGUGUAAAAUAUUUCGUUUUCUUUUACAUAUAAAAGAUGUAUUGUGCCUUUAGAAUGGCGGUAAUUUUAGUUUGAAAUUUAUUAAAACAAAUAUACAUUGCAAUUGUUAAGGUAGAAGAAUUGAAAGUUCAUUAAUUUAUUGUUUUUUGUGAUAUUUAAUUUAGUAUGGUUUCACUCAUCUCACCUAAAAUUUAAUAUGGAAUGUAUGUAUGUAUUGUUUUGAAAUUGAAAAAAUUAAUUAAUUUUGAUGUAUUUUGAACAGUUUUUGUUUUUAAGCAAUAUUCGUACAUAUCAACAAUUUUGAAGUGUGUCAAAUUCUCAUUUUGUUACAGUUUUGCGCAAUUUGUCAUCGUUUUGAAAUUAUUUAAAUGUAAAUAAGAUUUUUUUAAUAAAAAAUUAGUAGUUUAGUAAAAGUACUUGUAAAAAUUAGUAAAUAUUACUUAAGUUGCGUUUGUGUAAAACAAUAAAUGAAAAAAACUGUUUUUUCAUCAAAAUUAAUAAAUAGGUUGUUAUAUUAUAAAAUAGAAGCAUUCUUUAUUAAAGUAUUAUAAUUAUAAUUUUUGUAAGUAAGAAUUGCUUUCGUCGAAUUUACACCUUGUAUAGUUGUGUAUACUCAUUUAUUUCUGUAACGUAUCCAAAAUUCAAAUUAUAUUUAUAUAAGACAACUUUGUAUGUUUUUUUUAUUACAAUAUUUUUUCCAAAUAAAUGUCUUACAAAAUAUUACUUAUUAUUCUUCUAUUGUAUUUUAUACAGGGCAGUAUUACC